AUGGUGAGAGCCAGGGACUGCACUGAGAGGUCAACUGCCAGGACUACAGUUGUUCUGUGUAUUGAUGGAGAUCAGUAUGAGGCCAGGGAACGAUAUCGUGCAGGUAUAGGUGGCGUGAAACAAUGGUGCGAAGAAGGCGGAAUUACAGUGGAUGUCUCUGACAUCUUUGGGCCUGGUCGUAAGGUAGUGACAACCAGAGCUGGUGGGGCACUUGAUGUUGAGUUGAAGUAUAAGGGGAGAUCCCUGACAUUCUUAAUCCAGGGGAGGAAUUUGUAUGUUAGAGGCUGGAGAGGCCGGGGAAAGGUUUUUGAACUGGACACCAAAAAUCAGGAAGAGAAUUUCACUUUGGAUAAGAAAUGCAUAAAGCUCAAAAUAGGAGUGAACUAUAAUCAUCUCGUCCCUCAGGGAGUUGGGUGGAUACCUACUGGCUUGUUUUACCUCCGCAAAGCUUUUGAUAAGAUUUGGAGACAUGCUGGGGGAGAAAAGAUUGAUAUAUCAGAGGAAGUGGCAAUUAUUGCUGUGCACAUAUCGGAAGCAUCAAGAUAUCCACCUAUUCUUCGGUUCGUAUGCAAAUCGUUCACAGAUUUGGGGCUGAGCAGACUUGGAAAAGAUCCCUCCAAUUGCAACUAUGUUACCAAUUACAAGAAAGCUUCAGGUAUUGUGAUGGAAAGUGUCGAUCUUAUGAAGGCCGGAGAAAAACCACUGCCAAUAAGGAUAAACGGGCUUGAACACAAAAGCAUAGAUGAACUUGCAUCUGAUGUUGGUAUCUUGUUCAGAGAUGGUUAUAACGCGGAAGAGUCGAACUUUGAACAUGAAGACCCUCCAAGACUGCCUAUAUAUGAGAACACAAUGAAUGACAUAGGGGCAGGUGUACAAAGAAAGAGGAAACGUGCUCAGCAGACAGUCAACAAAAACAAAAGACCAAAGGGAGGUGGUGGACUGAAGGGAGGACCAGGAUCAAUGGGGGAAAGAAAAGGACCAAAUGGAGGAGGUUCGAUGCAGGGAGGACAAGGGCUGAGGGGAGGAAGAGGGCUGAAGGGAGGAGGAUCUGCUGCCUCGUAUUCUACUGGAGGACCAAGUGAUGGAAUUGGAAGAUCUCCUGCCUCCUUUCAUCCUGCAGGAGGAGGACCAAAGGGUGGAGUUGGAAGACCUGCUGUCUGCUUUCAUCCUACAGGAGGAGGACUUAAGGGAUUGCCUGAUGAAUAUGCAGAGAAAUCCUCCAUUGGUAUGGGUGCAGCAGAAAAUGUGGAUAUUUCCCAGUUCACCCCUCCCCAUCAGAAAAACAUUUCCACCGCUGUUCUCAUUGUUGGCUCCACGUUCUUCACUCUUGAGGCAAACACAUGGACAUCUGAGAGCACUGCCCCUGCUUCUGGAUGGCACCCCUCACCACCAUUGCCGUCCAUCACUCUCUGGGAUUGUGAAGAAGACACGGUACAUUUCAAGAGCUUUGAGAUUUAUUCACUAAGCUGUGAUACUCCUCAGGACCCAUGA